GCUGUCUGUGGUGCUGAAGCUGCGCGUGCCUCGGAGGCUGCUGCCAUAGAAGCAUCCUUCCGCGAGAGGACCGGCGCGAGGAAUCAGGUUCUUUCUCCUCGUUGUUGUACGGUUGUAACACUGAUGGUCAGGACAUCCAGGAUGUUUUUGUACCGGCUUUUUAAAACGUAAUAUGGGUUUAUAACUACAGCCGUCGCAUUUUUACAUCUAUUUUUUUAAGCACAAGCUCCAGACCGGAGACGUUCUCGAAGCCGUGUUUCUGCAGGCUCGUCGUCUCCACGGUGCCGCCGCCGCCGCCGCUCCGUCCCGCGUCCUUUAUGCACAGCACGCUGCUCCAGUCCUCCCCGACCAAACACCCCUUCGUGUCCGAGCACCAUGGCCCGCCUCUGCCGCGUCCACUGAGAGACAUGGAAGCGAAACAGCACCAGAUCAAGAGCCUGAAGAGCUACCCGGAGACCGGCGGCCGGAGCCUGGCGGCGGCUGCUGGAGGAGGAGGAGGAGGAGGAGGAGGAGGAGGAGGAGGCUCGGCCGAGAUGGAGAUGGAGUCGAAGAUCCAGAAAGCCAUCGACUUCAAGGCGGAGGGUCACCGCUGCUACAAGGAGAAGAAAUUCCGGGAGGCGAUCGGCAAGUACCACCGGGCGCUGCUGCAGCUCAAGGGGGUGCACGUCGCCGACGGGACGACGGGCUCCGAGGUCAACCUGCUGAGCCAAGCCGCGGCCAAGCUGACCGAGGAGCAGCGGAGAGCCGUGGAGAGCACGGAGAUCGAGUGCUACGACAGCCUGACAGCGUGUCUGUUGCAGUCCGAACUUGUGAACUACGAGAGGGUGAAGGAGUACUGUCUGAAGGUGCUGAGCCACCAGAGAGACCACUUCAAGGCCAUGUACCGAGCCGGCAUCGCCUUCUACCACCUGGGCGACUACGAAUGUGCCCUGCGCUACCUGCGUGAUGCCAAGAACCGUGAACCCACAGACACCAACGUGCUGCGGUACAUCCAGCUGACAGAGAUGAAAAUGAGCAAGAGUGGACAGCGGGAACGAGAGAGCAGCAAAGAGACCCAGGGCUAACCCUCGACCUUUUCACCCUCCCGACCCUUCGACCUUUGACCCUACGAGCUGUCCCAGAUCGACCCGCCUUCUCUCCUACUCCGCCCUCGACUCCUGACAGCAGCACAGCCCACAGACCGAAGAGACCGACCCAAUCACCUGCCAGCGAUGGACAAAAGCGAUCUCUCCAGCCCAUCUCCUUCAUCUUCCUUUUCCCUCCUCUUGUCCUCCCCUGUCUCCCUCAGAUGCUGUGGUUCCUCACCCUAGACGUGGACAGUCAAGCAAACAUACACACAAAAAAUAUGACAACAACAAAAAACAAGGAAAGUGCUGUAUAAUAUUAAUACUGAAUACGGAUCUUCAAAACAUAUUAAUAAUGGACAUUUGCGUGAUUUAGUCAACGUUUUAAAAAACAUAAAAUGCAUUUUGUUUCUCCUCUCUCGCUCUCUGUUUUUCUCUUGGCCUUCUCUCUCGCCUUCUUCUUUCGAAAUCUCGGAGAAUAUCAGGGCUGGGAAGCUCGACCACAUUGGGAGGAGGGCAGAAGUGUGUCUGGAGGCAGGUUCGGAGCAUAAGCCGGGGAUAGUGAGGGGUGUGUGUGUGUGUGUGUGACACAUAUCAAGACCAUAGCCCAGUUUGAUUGUACAUCCUUUCCCAACAGGGCUCACUCAGGCCCUUUCCCUGACAAUGGGACAGACUAGAAAUCUUUCAUCAAGUAGAGAAAAGGCCUGUCUCUACGCUUAAUCUAUUGCUCUUCUGGCUCACUUUUCUUUCCUGGACGCCAUGUAUCUCACUUCCUGGACUGUUGUUUCAAUUCAAGGGCUAAUUCAAGUGUUUGUCAUCUGUUACUAGAGGUUUUUCAUUUGCUUUCAGUGUUCAUCAUACUCAGUAGAACCUAAUCGGUCAGGUGUGGUAUUGUGGAAACUGGUGUGUCUUUAAUCCCCCUGGGUCAAGUGUCGUCGUCGUUGUUGUUGUUGUUGUGGAGACUGUUGAAUUCCCUCCCUCCCUCACAUCUCCUUCCCCCUCUGUUCUCCCGUCAAUGAUGUCACAAUGGAAAAUAGCCAAUGGGAUCGGUGUUCCAUCAACCGCCGUUGGCUAGAUGGAGAUCCACUCUAACAGUUCAAAACACUUUCCAAAACCGAGGUCCGACCUUUUAUCGCUGAUGUUGAAGCUUCCCAGACACCGACAACCACACAGAGGAGACUCUGGGCAGCGUUAGUGCAGGGAAAACAAUAUCACACUUUAAUCCUGACAGUCCGAACCUCCAUUAUACGGAGCACUCAGCAUUACUGCAUUUCAACAAGAGUGAGCCAUUUGAGAUUUCUUCCUCUUUCAGUUUACCGUAUGGUGAUAGAUAAAAUACCUGUUUGGGAGGAGCGUUCCCGACACAGAACUGUAUAGACAGAUACUGUAACACAGUAGACACUAAUAAUGAUAUGGUUUGUGGAUAUCAUUGACUUGCUGUCAGAAGAGAAACACAUGAUUUGCCACUGCUUCUCUUGUGAUUGGUGGAGCUGAGUCAUUGAUAAUGCAAAUAUUGCUUUUUUAAUAGCUUUGCCACAGGCUUAAAUCUUCCUGCCCUGUUCUGCAGAGGGCUGGACUGAUGAUUUGUUAAAGCAUGAAAAUUGAUCUUGUCUCUGAUGCCAUGAAAACCAUUUUCCUCCUUCCCAGGUGCAAGGCCACCUCCUGCAUGAAACGUUUGGCUCCUGGGAAUAACUUUAAGGGACGGGAUUACAUCUGCUCUAUUGCUUUUCUGACAUGGCAUGCUGCCACGAAACUAGCUGCCCAUACCUCUAUUUUAUCCAUGCUGUCCUUUGUGAACACAGAAGGUGGUGACAGGCUAUGAUCAGAGCAGUAGAAUAAGGUUUCAAAUAGUUAGGGUUACUUAUGUCUCUGCCCAGGUGAGAGAUGAGAGGACAUCCCUCUGCUUAAGAAUUCAAAAUGAGCUGAAAGUGUGUCAUUGGGACUCUGGAGAGACGGCACCAUGCGUUACAGACCUGCACGAUACAGAGUCGCUCCAGUGGGGGGAGAAGUAGGCCAUCAUCAGCCGCAGGAACGCGGCAGCAGCUCCACUGUGGCAGUGGAGACACAGAAAUGCUUAUUUACAUCACGUGGCAAGAAGUAUGUGGACAUCUCAUGCCCCCAAAUUACAGACCUGAAUCUGCAGCCGUAUCAGCCUCCACUGUUCAGCAAAGGCGUUCACGAGAUGAUGAGACCUGGAUCCAAGUCGGAGUUCCAGUUCUUCCCAAAGGGGUUGGAUGUGGGAGAUUUCAGGGCAGGUGGCUCCACUCUGAAGCGCACCACUGUUUGUUACUGUCAUGGCUCCUUCUUUUUUCUUCAAGGAAAAUUAUGGCAUUUGGGGACUGGAUUGAUUUGCUUUCUUGUGGAGAAAGAUUGACACCGCUCUCAUGUCUGCACGGUAAAUAUGAUGACGCGGUGGGGGAAAUCUAACGUCCUUCUGUGGGUAACAAAGUCUGACUCCUACAGCAGUACCUCGAAAGAUUACAAAGAUAACAUGUUAUAUUAUAACAGGUGUAAAAACUAAAAUUUGACAUAUUUAUCUUAAGUUUUCUUAUUGUUAUUGCUGAAAGAAAUUAAAUUGAUAAUAUUCUUUUUUCACAAUUCCCAUUACUACUAAAACGACAGACUUGUGCCUGUGUCUGGACUGAAACACCAGAUGCAGAAGCCGUCCUCACUCUUGAUGUGCCUCUGUGCGCUGUUGUUUCUUUGUGUGUCUCUCUGGCCCCGGUUUCCCGGAGGAGAUAAAUCAACAAACAACAGUGAGGAAUGGCACCUGCAGGCUCCGUCUCCAUGGCGGCCCCUGGGCUGAGUCUCCUCACCCGCUGGCCCCUCGGGGUUAGGUCUCCUCCCGCCGUUCUCUCUACAUGGCAGCAUUCUGCCAUCUUGUUUUUGUCUCGCUGUGCUUUGUCAUUCUAGCUCAAUGUGCACUAGAUAACUACCUGAACGGAAAGCAGGUUCAUCUCUAGCUAUUUGGGUUGUGAUUAAUGGCAGAGCAGACUGAACAGCAGGCCGUUAUUGUGACCUGGCGACACGCUGUCUGUGCAAAUAGAGAUAGAGACGCCUGAGAGCUCAACGUCAGUGUAGCUUUGAAAACAAACAACAAAAAGCACAACAAAAAAAGAAACGGAAAAGUAAAACUACUGGCUUUGUUAUUUUUGCUCUUUUGUUUUUUCUUUGAUGUCAUUUGAGGUAAAUGUUUGUCAAAUGUCAAAGUAGUUUUUUGUGAAUAUAUGAUACAAAUGUACAAAAAAAAAUAAGAAAAAUGGAAAGUUUUAUGGUUGUGAAAAGCUUUACUUUACUGAAUGACUUUACCAAUGGAAAAGAAAAGCAAGAGAUAGAAGAGAGAAUUUUACUAUAGCUCCUCCACAGAGCUGCUUUGUGACUGUGUCUAUAUUUGUUGGUAUUUCUGUCAAGGUCCCUUUCGUCAAGGGAUCCAAAAUCCACUCAGAGUAUGCGCAAUGCCCUUUGAACCCCCACAUUUUCCUUUUUCCUUAUCUGAAUGACCUUUGACCCCAUACAUCUGUUUUUGCAUAGUAAGACGACCAGUAACGUAGGAGUGGACGAGAACUCUGAGGAACUGGUACCAGAGCGCAGAGCUGCUCCUCACAGCCACAGACCUCCAUCCUGUUUUUUUUUUCGUUGAUGGAGACAACAAAAAAAUUAAUAAAAACAUGAAGCUGGGGACAUCAAGGCUAUGACCGCGCUUUUGUCUGGCCUCGCUCCCUAGAGGCCUUUUUUCCCCCAUUCAUCAUCCAAACAUCUACCAGGCUUCCAACACUGGUUUUACUGAACUGCUAGCCCGGGAAUGCACUAUUGAUUGGUAAAUGAAGAUUAUGAAUAAAGUUUCAAAUGAA